AUGGAUCGUUGUCAAAUUUGGAAAUUUUUAUUGAUUACUGGAAUUAUUCUAUCAUUAGUUGCUUUUAUUCUUGGAUGGAUCGGUUUUGGUGUGCCUGAUUGGCAUAGUUUUCAACUUUAUACUAAUUCUAUCGUAGAAUUUUAUGGUUUAUGGGCUUAUUGUCAAGAACAAGUUACAACAUUUGGUACAGUUUGUAAUAGUUGGUCAACAGCUGAAAAUAUAUUAUUUGGUGGAAGUCGUCCACAUUUUAUUCGUACUUCUGAAGGUCUUAUAACUGUUGGAAUGAUACUUCUUUCGUUAGGCCUUGCAAUUGCAGUAUUAGCUACUAUUUUACCUCUUAUCGCUUAUUUAGCUGGAUUGUUUGCACUUAUUUCAUUUAUUUUUCUUGUUAUUGGUUUGCCGAUAUUUGGUCGAGAAUCAAAUAAUUUAUCUAUAGCACAAGGUGAUGUAGUAUAUAAUAAACGUUAUGGAUUUUGGCUUAUGGUACCAACUAUUGUACUUGAAUUUCUCUCAAUACUUUUCUUUCUAGCUGCUGCUUUUCUUUAUCAACGUUGUGGUUAUGGUAAUAUAUUCUCGGGUGCAAGUAAAAAAGCAACCGGUGGUAAAAAAAUACUUGGACCAUAUAAUGUUUUACCUGGACCACCUUAUGUGAAUGCACCAUAUGGAGUGAGACCACCUGUGGCAAACUUACCAUAUGGAAUGGGACCACCUGCAGGACUUGGUAACAAUGUUAUUAGGCCUGAUCCAUAUCCAGAUUGGUCAUAUCCUAGCCAAGCAAUGCCAACUUUACUUUCACAAUAUCUUACUCAACAGGUACCGCGAUCUUCUGGACAUCUUGUAGCACGAAUUGUGAGUGUAAGUUCACUUCCACAACCAUCUAUUACUCGAGCUAUAUCAGCAUUACCAGCACCAAAUGUAGCACCAGAUUAUUAUCGAAUGAGUGAACCAACGGGACCACCUUUUCGACCAAUUAUAAAUUUAACUGGACAAACACUUGUUGGUCCUCUUAUACGUACUCGUUAA